AAAUAUGGCAUUCAUUUUGAAAUUCAAGAUGACUGCCGCACUGAUGUGCCGAAACAUUUUACCAAUGGGAAUUCUUGAUAGGUGACACAUAAGUAUCAUAAAAAUAUCAAUUUCAGAAUAUAAGGAAAAAGUCCAAAGAUAUGGCUUUUCUUUUUUUUUUUUUUUUUUUUUUUGCUUUUCUUUCCAUGCAAAUCACAAAACGGCUCUUAAUAACGUUACACGUCAUUAACUGCAAUCGUUUCAUUUAUGCAUUAAAUUAAACAAGGCUUCGUUUUAUACAACUUUAUCAUUGACAGCUGUUGUAAAUAACAUAUACCGGAAAUUAACUUGUAAUUCAAUUUUAAGUUCAUACGUAUAUCAACAUAUAACGGAUAAUUAUGUCAGGGAAACUAUCAAACGAGAAGAGACCAUGGUAUAUCAGCUGGGACGAAUAUUUCAUGGGAGUAGCUCUUAUAACUGCUCAAAGGAGUAAAGAUCCAGUAACUCAGGUUGGCUCUUGUAUAGUGAAUGCCGACACAAUCAUUAGUACUGGGUAUAAUGGUAUGCCAAAUGGAUGUAGUGAUGACACCAUGCCAUGGGGAAAGCACCAACCAGACAAACUCAGAAAUAAACAACUUUACGUUUGUCAUUCAGAAAUGAACGCCAUUUUAAAUAAAGUUUCUUCGGACGUCCGUGGCUGUACUUUAUACGUGACAUUAUUCCCGUGUAACCAGUGUGCCAAAAUUAUUAUACAGGCGGGCAUAAAGGAAGUUGUGUAUUAUGACGAUAAACAUCACUAUAAAAUAGAAACAAAAGCUUCAAAACUUAUGUUGGAAACGGCCGGCAUCAAAACUAGGCAAUAUGCACCGUCGCAGCUAAAACUGAGGAUUGGACAUAUAGAAAGCAAACUUUGAUAUGUUUUAAAGUGGAAAUUAAAAGACGGUGUGAUAAUAUUGCAUGUAUGAUGGUCCCCUCCGGUAACGCGGUACUUAAUUUCGCCGAAAAAAUAGAAUAAUAAAAAGAACUUACUUUUAUGUAUUUCCUAGACCAUGAUGAACUGUUGUGUCUCAAGUAUCUAUCCACGAGGAAUCAAUAAUUUAAAGCCAUGUUUUGAAAUAGUUUAUCAAACUCAAUCGGCCAUAUUGCAUAACAGGUGCUCCCAAGGGAGUCCACUCUGGUACCGCGGUAAUUCUGUCAUUAAAAGUAUGGUGUCCAUGAAGGACCAACAUUUUCAACAAUGAACUGGAAAACGUUACUUAACACUGUUAAACCACAAAAUUUAUGAAAAUAACUUAUUUUACUUUUUUGUUCUUAUUUUUUGCAAAUUUUAUAUAAAAAACCCUCUAACUUGCUGUUAUUUAGUCAAUUUGCAAACAGUGAGGACAUCUAAAUACACUGUUCCUCCUCAACACUUUCACCUCUGAGCAGUACCUUAAGUGUGUCCAGUGUGCACAAAAGUCACAUUUUCCCCAGGUCACGAAAACAAUAGUGUCACAUCCCCUAAUCUCCUCGGGUUGCCAGCCAGAGCAAACACAGCACAAAUCUUCAUUUUCCUGUUCAGAGACAAUACUGUCUUCAUCCUCUGACAGAAGAUGUAUAGGUCCACCAGUUUUAUUCACUCAUGAGGUGCUUGGCAUAGGGUCUUUCUGAUUUUGUGACA